CAUCUCCAGCUUGGCUCUGCUCCGCCGCAAGCAGCCCCAGCGGCGCUGCAUCUCUUGCGUUUGCACGCCGGGCUUUGGGAACAUGCGCAUUGCCGGAGCUCAUCCUGCGCUGCCCGGACCGGCGGCUGCUGCUCCUCCUUCUGCUGCCGCCGCCCGCUGCUGUCAUUUUCGCCCCUGCGUGGGGGGCUGUCGCGGGCUGCUCCUCGCUGCCUGCCCCGCUCCGCGACUCUCCUGCCGCCGGCGGAGCCGCGCCGCCCCCCUCCGAGUGUUAUUGUUAGUCUGAGUCCCGGGGAGCCCGCGCGCGGCUCGGCGCUGCUCCGGCGCGCGGGGCCAGCAGGGGCUGGCGCUGCCUUUGGAAGUGCGGGUCCCGCCGCGGCUAGCAAGGCGGCAGCCCCCAGCGGCGGUGCGGGGGCCCGGAGGGGGCUGGGGGCACCCCCUGAAGUCCUGGAGAUCCUACACUCAAGCUUUGUUUCCCUGUUGGGAGGACCUGCAUGAUAACCUCUGAGGACACUGAUGCCAGGUAGGAGACACCCACUGAAAAAAGAGAAGGUGCUUUCACCACAGAUGCCAGCAUUCUCCAAGGAUUAAUCCCUUCAUCCUUAAGUUACACCAGCUCCUAUUAAUAUCAUGGGACCUGACGGUGGUUUCCUAAGCAGUGGACAACUUCAUGUCAUUGUGUGGGGAAGUUUGGCAGCUGUGACAACACUCUUAUUCCUUACUUUCCUUAUCUUUCUGUGCUCCAGCUGUGACAGGGAAAAGAGGCCAAAACAUCAGAAUGGGGACCAUGAAAAUCUGAUGAAUGUGCCUUCAGAUAAGGAGAUGUUCAGCCAUUCCAUCACAAGUCUGGCUAUAGAUCCUCUUGUCAGCAGUGACCAGAAUGGGGGACUGAGUAAUGGGGAUGUUCUCUCAGAAGACAGCACAACUGCCUGCAUCCAGCCUUAUGAAGACGUACAAACUUCUGUUUCUGAUCUGUUAGACCAUCAGGAUGCUCUGGGAAAGUCGAUAAAAUGUCACCAGAGCCGGGAGCUACCCAGAAUUCCUCCUAACGAUGCCAUGGAAACCAUCCUCUCCCCAAGAAAUAUUGAAAAUGAUCAGGGUCUUGGAAUGGAAGGGCCUUAUGAGGUCUUGAAAGAUAGCUCCUCCCAAGAAAACAUAGUUGAAGACUGCUUGUAUGAAACUGUGAAGGAAAUUAAGGAGGUAAGAGUAGCAGCCAACGCUGAGAGAAGCUGUGGCAGCAAACCAAAGUCUACACCAACAGUUGCUGAAGGUCUGGACCAGAUUCCUGAGCGCAGGACUGAGUCAGCAGAAUAUGCCUCCGUUGACCGAAAUAAAAAAAGUCGGCAAAGUACUAAUUCAGAGAGUCCUCUUGGCAACACUCCAAACGUGGAAGAUGAGGCUCCACCUCCCGUACCUAUGAAAUUCCUUGAUGAAAAUGAGAACGUUCAGGAAAAGGAAGCAGAGGAGAAAGAAGAGGUGACUGAGGGGGCUGGUGAACCUGAUAAGAGGCUUAGUUCGCUGUCUUACAAGUCUCGAGAGGAAGACCCGUCUCUGACAGAAGAUGAUAUUUCAGCUAUGUACUCUUCUGUGAGUAAACCAGGACAGGCCAUCAGAGUGCUGGAUUCUACUUACACUAGUAUUCAAGAAGUUGUACCUCAAAGGUCCCCAUCUAUUUGCAGUGGCCUCUAUGCUAGCGUAAAGGACUUGGAAAACACCUCAGACAUUACCACUGUGCCUCAGUCAUUGGACAGGCCAAAUGGGGAGUCAGAAUCGGACAACGAAGUUGUCCAGUCAGUAAGCCAAGAGGAAGACAAGACCUUAUCAGUGCCUAACACCAGCCAAGCUAUUCUCCAAGGAGAGAAUGACUAUGAGAGUAUAGGGGACUUGCAGCAAAACUCUAGGGAUAUCUCCAGACUUUAAUUGCCCUGGCAACAAGAUUACGGCAGGUAUUAUCAACAGGUAUUUUCAACAGAUUCAUGUGAAACAAGAACAGGAAUAUUUUUCCUUUUGAAAAACAGAAAGUCAAAGUAUAAGUACAGAACAAAAGUUAAAGACAAAGAAGCAAAGCAUUUUUCAUCCAGGCUAGACUAUCUUGCCGGUGGUGUGAACCUUACGAGACCGAUUACAUCAGUUCAGAAUUGAUAUCAAAAGGGUUUAAAGGAUCCUUUAUUGUUAGAGUUGCAAGACAACCAGUAUUUGGGAAAGAGUACCACAUUUGUCACCUCAAAGUGAUCACUUCCUAAAAAUACUGUCAUUAAAGAAAACCAGCUUUACAUUUUUAAAUAUUAUUCCUGUCAUUAGCUUCAAAAUAUUUCUCAAGGAUCGUUUGCCUUCAGUUUCAGCCCUCCUCUUCAAAGAGCAAAUCUCAGAUUAUCUUAGCUCCAUACUUCAACUCAGACUUUCUUUGUGGGGCCAUGAAAAACGAGUUUAACUUCUCUACAUAGGAGGAGCUCUGUAUUUCAGUAUAUUAGGACUGUGAGCUCUUGCAGCCAGAUGUGAUCAGAGAUGGAGACAGAAUAUUAAUGUAUUCCAUUCCAUUUUCAUUACUGCAGUGGUCUAAACAAAGGUACUUCAGUUCACAAGUGACUUACAUCAAUAGUACUUGAAUUCAUUUUGUAGAGUCCAUGUUUUUUUAAGUCAAGCUUUAGAACUUGACUGUCAGUAUUUAAGGACUGGUAUUUGUAGGGGUUGUUUGUUGCCUUUUUAAAAAUUAUCUGGGAGCAUAUUGCUUUAAAACUAUAGCCUUAACAUUUAGGUUCUGUCUCUCACACACAUUCAGACGUACACACACAGCAUUUGGGCAGUUGUCAUGUUGCAUCUGAAGGGCUGUGCAAAUGAAUGUCCAGUCCACAUUAACGCAGCAUUGACCUUAUCUUUAAGAAAUCUGCUUCUUUUAAGUUACUCAACUUAGAUGUAAUCAGAUCAAAAUGUAAAAAACAUAUUUUUUUAUUAUGAGAAUUUAUUUACUGAGUGUGGUACGUGAGGGUUGAUAUUUUAAGUUUUAUGCUUACUUCCUAACAAAUUUUCCAUGUUCAAAAAUAUUGUAUAUUAACUUGCCAUUUUAUGUAACAAAAAAAUUAUCCUGAUUUUAAAAACAUUACCUAUUAGUUGUAAUAGAAGCACAUAAAUUAAUACUUUAAUUGUUACUAGGCUUUAUCUGAUUUCUAAGCAGGUAUAUAGAACAUGCCUUGCUGUUUUUUCAAAAAUCAAAAUUAUUCAGUCUCUGUAAAGACCACUUUGUUAAAAGGCAAAGAGAGAAAAGAAGAGGAUGAGAAAUGUUCAGGGAAAGCCACUGGUGCUCACCAUUCCUAUGCUAAAAAGUAAUAGGGAAAGAAAACAGAGAGGGAGGAGAAGAAUCUCUUGGGAUGUGAUGGUAAUUGACCAUUUUGGCAACCAGUUUUAAAACCAGUAUCAUUCUAGAGAUUUCAAGUUACAUGGUUACUAAUAAAAACAAAGGGUAUGGCUUAGAGAGAUUAAAUAGAUAGGUGUUUUGCUGGUUCUUUUGUUUCUUUCAACACACCAUAAUGGGCUAUACUAAGAACACAGGAAAAUGCACCACAUCUGGUGUGUGUGUGUGUGUGUGUUAUUUUACACACACAAACACAGCUGCAAAAUUUAAAUCCAGAUUUAAACUUCUCCUCCCAAAAUUUGAUAGUGUUCAAAUCCAGGGGCCAUCUCAUCUUUGUAUAUGCAAUAUUAUAUAGUGUAUGUUUGAAAAUGUUUGGUUUUGCUUUAAAAAAAGAAAAGAAAAAAGAUAUGCAUACAUUGAGACUCGCCCACUUAGUGGUAUAAUAGCCUAUAUCUGUUUCAAUUGGUAUUGAGGAAUACUGGUAAUUUUUACCAGGGAUGUAUCAAAUCUAACUGGGUAUUUUCGUAACUCAUGGGCACAGUAAAUACUUGGUCUCAUAAAGCACUACAUACCAAACAUGAAUUUGUUUAAGAACACACAGUUAUAAAAGUGAUUUUUUAAACUGUAAGCAGUAAAUUCAUUCAUUACUAUACAACACACAUUAGAAUUAUUUUGUGAAGCAGUGAUACUUUUCAAUGAAAUCUUGCAGUAUCGGAGCAAUGAAAACUUUCUGGAUCCUGACCUCCCACUCAGUCUGGGACAUUUGGGCUGUGACUCUUUUCCUGUACAUGCAGAGGCAGUUCAGACUAAGCCAAAAGUAUCUUGGGCCUGGCUCAAAGUCCUCUCAAUACUUUCAUCUUGUACCAGAUUCUCUGCUUCCAGCUCAUUGUUUCUGCCUCUUCCACCUUUCAAAGCUGAUUUUGGGGCAGCAGCAGCCAAAAUCUUUUCCCCCUAUUUUCCCAUUUCCUAUCCUCAAAAAUUUUGGGGGGUGGCACCCUAAAUAAGGGACCCUGCUGAGAUCCUUCUUUGCCUAUUCUUCCCACCCCCAUCACGGCAGCACAGGUCAAAGGUCAAGAGGCAUAGCAUUUGCAAGGAGAUCUUCUCAGGAGCCACACAUGGGGAGAUCUGCCAAGACUACUCCCUAAGGGGCUCACAGUCUGGGUGGCUAGUUGGGACAUUUAUAUCCCUUCGCACCAGCUGAGAUUCCUUUGUGGGGGUGGAUCAGCGCUCUUCAACUGUUGGAAGCCAGCAAACAGAACAAUCCUCCCUGAUGAAGGACUCUUCAGGGGCAAGUCCAAAAUUCCCAUUCAACUUCCAGGUCCAAUCCACCUUUAAAGUGAAAUGUGCCAGGGUCCCAUCCCAAGUUCUUACCUGGAUAAUUUAAUCACUCGACAAGGAAUCUGGCAUCUCUUCUCACUCCUUUCCAAGAGUAAGAUCUGGACUCUUAGUGAUGCUUCCACUGCAUUUCCUCUUCAGCUGCAUAUUGGAGGAGGGGAAGCACCAGAGCUUAGCAGUGUCCUUCGGCAGAGAUGUUUCAAACCAGGAUCACAAAAUAGAUUAAUACUAGUAUUGUAAGGCAGAGAGACAUGCUUUGCCUGGCCUUACUUUUCUCUCCCUUUCCAUUAAUUCCUCCUGCUCACUACAUCCCAUAUAUCUCAUAUUAGGGGUGAGGUCAGUAUCCAGAACAUAGAAUUUGCUACCUGAUGAUUUUCUUUCUAGGGCCUGUGCUACACUUAAAAGUUUUGCUGGCAUAGGUAUGUUGGUUAAUAGUGUGAAAAAAAUCACACCCUAAGCAGCAUAGCUGCAUUAGCAAAAGCCCUAGUGGAGAUCCCAGCAAAAAUGUCCUUUGGCUGGAAUCACUAAUUUCUUUCAGGGAACUGGUGUAAACUAUGCCAGCAAAUCACUCUCUUUGUCAGUAUAAACUAGUAUCUCAUGAUAUAAACUCUCUCCACUAGGAGCGUUUGCUGAUUCAGUUAUACCAGCAAAUCUUUUCUAGUGUAGUCAAGGCCCAAAACUGAUCUCUCCUCCAGCCACAAAGAUAAAGCCACAGAGUAUCUAUAUCGCAUCCUUAUUGAGACCCAGGUACCUAGUUAUCAAAAUAAUCUAAUCUAUUCAUAAUCUCAUCUAAUGAUUAGUAUUCAGUGUUUCCAUACCACUUUGUAAGUGUUCAUUUAGUACAGAGGUAGAGAAGAUGUGACCAGCCCCUGAAGCCUCUUGGACAAGUUAGAACUGACCCUGCAAUUUGUAGGAAGAGAGGAAUACAGACUAAAUGUCUUUGAAAGUCAAAAUGGUUAGUCCCAGGAUGGGAAUAGUCAUGUCACAAUCUUUCCAGGAAGAUAGAUGUUACAACAAAGCCUUGCAAUGAAGAAUUAUUGAUCAUCUUUUGUAAAUCUUUAGUGAUCCAGUGAGCUUUCAGGCCGGAGGCAUUUUGGAUCUACAUCUAUCUAGGAUUAAUAGUUGCUCAUGGUCUUUUGCAUUAAAAUCACUUGUAAACUCGCUCAUAUGUAGCAGCGUUCAUAGUAUUCGAAAAAAAUUGCAGGAGGGAAAUAGGUGCUGUGAUUCAGACUCUCAUUGGUCACCCAAAGCUGAAAUCUUCCACAGUAGCAGUUGGCUAGGUGUCAACUGCUGCAUCCUUCAGGACAUAAUAUAUUGUGCCUUUAGGAAUCUAUCUUCCAAGGAUUCUUCUGGGCUGUAUACUUUUCCGUGGAUCCCUGCACAGCUCCUGCUGAUAGUCUUGUUAAAAAUUCUGUAUACUUGGUGUUCUCUAUUGUUAAACCUUUCAAUGGUGCUUUUUAAGAUGCUGGAUAAAUGGUUUCUAUGUGCUUUCUCAAAGCUGAAAUGUAAAGCUGUGACAUACAUCAUUCUCUGUUGCAACAUGUGCUUUCCAGAACUUAGCUUUAGCAGUGUUAUUCUAACUGCAAAACUCUCUAACAAUGCUUCCUUUUUUCUCGUCAGCUCACACAGAUUCAAAACGGAGUCCUCACACCUCACCAGCCUAGAUUGGUCAAUCAGUAUUUUAAAUCAGCCAAUCAGAGCCAGUGCCUGGGCUUAGGAUCAGUUGGACAUGUGAAGGUGUGAUCUGUACAUUAUGGGGUUGGAAUAAUAUAUAAUAGGGCUCAGUUCAGGGACUUACCUCCCACUCCCAAUUCUAUAUAUACAUUUUACUUUGUAGUCUAUCUAAUGAAAUAUAGUCCUGAAACAUAAAUUCAAUUGGAGUCAAUUCUGAGGUCCUUUCUUUGCCUUUAAACAGGCAAACUCUCAUUUAAUUCAGAUUUAAAUCACUGACUUCAGUUGGAGCAUGCCUCAGUAAGGCUAUUGGACUUUGCCUGAAUGAAGAACUUGGGAUUUAGCUUCUUGCAAAAAUACAAGAAUUCAGAAAGAAUGACUCAGCAUCUCAGGCAAUGGUUUGUUGCACUGUUACAGACCUCAAACCAAACACUGUUCUGGGGGAAAGAAGCUCAACUUUUAUUGACUUGGAUGAGCAUUUUACACUCAUCCAAGUCAAUAAAAGUUUACACCUGUGCAAAAGUUGGUCCCUAGUGUCUCUCUGUAGGAUGGUAGUGAUGGAGGACAUUGUGAAGGGAGCUCUCUGUCUGAGGAAAGGCAGGAAGAUAUAUUUCAGCAUCCCUUUCCAGCUAGCCAUAGCUUAUAGUGAUAAAGGAAAUUGGUAGAUUUAUAACACUGAAGAGAUAAAUGGGACAAGGGAGUUCCCACACUCAGAUAAUUAUCUGAAGUCCCUUCCUUGCAGAAUGGAGAGCCCCAUCAGAUACACCAUUGAAGGGGUCAGUAUAGAAGAACACAUGCUCAUAAUUCUUAUGUUCCCCCCUCAACCUAGAAACAUACAAUAGAUUUAUUUCCUACGUGCCAAUUUUUCAGUAGUGCUAAAGCAUACCACAUGCACUGGGCAUUGCACUUCUCUUGAGGGCUAGUGCAAACAUGAAUGGUGAUUUCUGAUGUGAUCAGUUUCUGAUGUGACCCAGUGAUCAGUUUACAAAACAUAACUGCACAUCUUGCAUAUGUAAACCACUGGUCAGUGUGUAUCAUGCAUCUGUCCUCAGUCCACAGAGGACAUGAGUUGGCUACAGUGCCUGGCUCUCUAGUUCAAGCUAUAACAGCUCAUGCUUUUAGCUCUGGAGGGUCCCAGUUCAAACCCUUGCCAAGCUGGCAAUCAUCUCACACAGGCUGACAAAGUGCCUACAGCUAAAGAUAUAAACAGAUCACUGUUUCUGCACAAGAGUUAUUAGGCUGAUCUACUGUACGUGCUUUUGUCCUGCUGUUUACUUUUUAAACUUAUGGCUUUCAGUUAUGUUCUUUUUAUCCUUUUAAUGGUAGUUGCUCACAAGUUUUGUAUAUUUACAAACCCACUGGCUAAUUUUAACAAGCAUGAGUAUAUAUUUGUAAUAGAAAAGAUAAAAGGAGACUCUUUGGUUUAAAGGGUACCUAUGUUCAAAGGGUAGCUGUGUUAUUUCUUCUUGUUUGUAUAAAAAUAACAAACUGUUCAGAUGAUUGGAGGGUACUUAAAGUUGAUUUUGUUUUAAAGAUUCUGUUAUUUAUUUUAUUUGGGAUGACUUCCUUUCAAUACAAUAUAAUGUUGCCACCUCUUGCGUUUUAUCUUAUAAAAUUUAGUGUUGGUGGGGGGGAUGUUUAGUGUAUCCAGCUUCUGGAAUCCUGUGAUUACUUGAGAUCUCAGCUUUUUAAUGUUUUUUAAUGAAAAUUUCUAACGCCUCAUAGUUGCAGAGAAAAGCUUGAAAACAUGACAAAAGUGUAACCAAAAGCGUCUACAACCCAAGACACAAAUUUUAUUUUUUUUUAAAUGUCAUACUCUUUUUAACACUGGGAGUUGGCAGUGCUGAAGCUCUGACUUCGUAAUGCCCUGAAAGAGACUUAAAAUAUUUCAUUUCUGGCUUUCAUUAUAGGUUGGGUUUGUAACGUCCAUCAUUUAUGAAGCUGUUUAGUUGUUGGUGUUUUUUGUCACGUUGGCAGCAAUCAGCAUUUUAACAACAUUUUAGUCCUUUUUAAAAUAUGACUUAGCUGUCAGAGGGUAUGGACACUGCAUCAGAUUGAGAACUUAGACUGGAAUUUUCAACAGCAGCUAACUGAUUUAGAAGCAUGGGCCCUAUGCUCCUAAGUCACUUAGGUCCUUUUGAAAACCACAGAUCCCGCAGACCUUACUCAGGCGAAUAGCUGUCACCUUGGCAAGCAGCUCAGCUGACAAGCAAGGAUUGGUGAAACAUAAACAGACAAUCCGAUAAAAAUGUAUUUUUAAAGACACACCUGAGAGGACAAGAACUUUUCAGGCUUAAGCCAAGCGCGUGCAGUCUCUCAAAUACCGGAGGACACUUGCAUUUUGCUUUUAUCCUUGAGGCUAUAUUAGAACUAUUACUUAGCCCAUUUCCUCAGGGUUUCCCUACAAGCAACCAGCUCCAGUCUACUGCUCUGGCUUUGCACAGGCAACUGGAUUUUCCUAGUAGCUGCUGAUUUGCCACCUGUGUCUCCCUUAAUUAUUUCCACCUGCACCUGUCUCUACUCUGGGAGCAGCUGUUUGCUUCACAAGCUUUAACUCAUACCAGGAAAGCUAGCUGAGCCUCCUCAGGCAGACCAGUUCUCCAAUUUCAAGAAAAGGGAGCUAAGAGCCAAACUGCUAAAACAGAGAGGAUGGUUUCUUCUUGGGGGUGAAAUGUAGAAUGCUGUAGCAACUGGAAGAAGAAUAAGAAAUGGAAUGACAGCAUGUAGUCUGGCUUUGAGAAACUCAGCGAAAAUCGAUGGCAUGUUAAAAAUGCUCAUCAUUGCUUCAAUAUCUCCACAACUGGGAGUGGUUCUGGUGUGUCACUGGGCUUGUCUCCACUACCUGCCCAGAUCGGCGGGUAGAAAUCUAUCUCUCGGGGAUCGAUUUAUCACGUCCCAUCGGGACGCAAUAAUCGAUCCCCGAAUCGACGUGCGUACUCCACCAGCCCAGGUAGGAGUAAGUGCCAUCGACGGGGGAGCCGCGGCGGUCGAUUUGCUGCUGUCCUCACAGCGGGAAGCUGGUCAAAGAAGAGAUUUCAUCCACCUCAUCUCUCUCAUAUCCUGGGACCAAGAUGGCUACAACAACACUGCAAAUAUUUUUAUUACUGUUGCCUUUUCCUUCCUCCCCAUUGUCUCCUAUUUUUUGUUACAUUUGUUUGCUGCAUCUUGUCUUAAACUAGCCGGCGACCUUGCAAGUAUGUGCAGAACCUGGCUAGGAGACACCAGCACGAGGACAAUUGUGAGAAGGACAUGGACACAGAUGUUCCUGAAGGCCUGGGAUGUGGCAAUUGGGACAUCAUGGUGGCAGUGGGGCAGGUUGAUACAGUGGAAUGCUGAUUCUGGGCCCAGCAAACAAGCACAGACUGAUGGGACUGCAUAGUGUCACAGGUAUGGGAUGAUUCCCAGUGACUGAGAAACUUUCGCAUGCGUAAGGCCACUUUCAUGGAACUGUGUGAGUUGCUUUCCCCUGCCCUGAAGCGCAGGAAUACCAAGAUGAGACCUGCCCUGACACUUGAAAAGGGAGUGGCGAUAGCCCUGUGGAAGCUUGCAACACCUGACUACUACCGGUCAGUCGGGAAUCAAUUCGGAGUGGGCAAAUCUACUGUUGGGGCUGCUGUGAUCCAAGUAGCCAAGGCGAUCAGUAACCUUCUGCUGGCAAGUGUAGUGGCUCUGGGAAAUGUGCAGGUCAUAGUGGAUGACUUUGCUGCACUGGGAUUUGCUGUGGUGGGGCGAUAGAUGGAACACACAUCCCCAUCUUGGCACUGGACCACCUUGCCAACCAGUACAUAAACCACAAGGGGUACUUCUCAAUGGUGCUGCAAGCACUGGUGGAUCACAAGGGACAUUUCAUCAACAUCAGCGUGGGAUGGCCGGGAAAGGUGCAUGACACUCGCAUCUUUAGGAACUCCUGGCUGUUCGAACAGCUGCAAGAAGGGACUUACUUCCCAGACCAGAAAAUUACUGUUGUGAAUGUUUAAAUGCCAAUAGUUCUCCUUGGGGACCCAGCCUACCCCUUGCUCCCAUGGCUCAUGAAGCCAUUCACAGGCAGCCUGGACAGUAGUAAGGAGCAGUUCAACUAUAGGCUGAGCAAGUGCAGAAUGGUGGUAGAAUGUACCUUUAGAUGUUUAAAAGCUCGCUAGUGCUGUUUGCUGACUAGGUUAGGCCUCAGCACAACCAAUAUUCCCAUUGUUAUUGCUGCUUGCUGUGUGCUCCAUAAAAUCUGUGAGAGUAAGGGGGAGAUGUUUAUGGCGGGGUGAGAGGUUGAGGCAAAUCGCCUGGUGGCCAAUUUUGAACAGCCAGACACCAGGGCAAUUAAAAGAGCACAGCGAGAUGCGCUGCGUAUCAGAGAGGCUUUGAAAACCAGUUUCAUGACUGGCCAGGCUACGGUGUGACAAUUGUGUGUGUUUCUCCUUGAUGCAAAACGGCCCCCUUUGUUGAAUUUACUUCCCUGUAAGCCAAUCCCCUUCCCCUCUUUGACCACAGCUGGCAAAGGAAAUAAAGUCCCUAUUGUUUUGAA